GAGACAAACUAUGACUCACAAUGGAUUAAGAUCUUUGAACAAGUUGGACAUGCUACAAAUGAAAAAGAACGCGAAAGCAAUCGCCAAGCAUGCUAGUAACAAAAAUGGUCCCAAAACUGAGAAUGAUAGACCAUCAAGCGCCAUUAUAUGUGGAAGUGGGAUGAACAUUGUUUUUGUGGGAGCUGAGGUGGGUCCAUGGAGCAAAACUAGAGGGCUUGGUGAUGUUCUUGGGGGACUGCCACCAGCCAUGGCGGGCAAUGGGCAUCGUGUUAUGACAGUUUCCCCACGUUACGAGCAGUACAAAGAUGCAUGGGAUACUCAUGUUCUUCUUCAGUUAAAUUCUAUUAUGUGCUUGUUUUUCCAAAUUCCAACCAUUUCAAUGCAAGGUUAG